AUGCAGGCCAUCGCCCGCCCCCUCGCGCGCGUCGCGCCGAAGCACGUCCGCUAUGCGGGCACCGUCUCCGCCUGGUCUGCGGUCCCGGCCGGUCCUCCCGACCCCAUUCUCGGUGUUACUGAGGCCUUCAAGGCGGACAAGGACCCCCGGAAGAUCAACCUCGGCGUCGGCGCGUACCGGGACGACAAGGGCAAGCCGUACGUCCUCAACGCCGUCCAGAAGGCGGAGGAGCAGCUCGCGGACGCGAACCCGGACAAGGAGUACCUGCCCAUCACUGGACUCGCUGAGUUCACUUCCGCGGCCGCGAAGCUCGCGUACGGUGCCGAGAGCGUGCCUCUGAAGGAGAACCGCAUUGCUGUGACGCAGUCCAUCUCGGGCACCGGCGCUCUCCGCAUCGGGGGCACGUUCCUCGGCCGUUUCUUCCCCCAUGUCAAGACGAUCUACCUGCCGGUGCCGUCGUGGGGCAACCACACGCCCAUCUUCCGUGACUCGGGUCUGGAGGUGAAGGGCUACCGGUACUUUGACAAGAAGACGGUCGGUCUCGACUUUGCGGGCAUGAUUGAGGACCUGAAGAACAUGCCGGCGCAGUCAAUCGUGCUGCUGCACGCGUGCGCGCACAACCCGACUGGGGUGGACCCCACGCCGGAGCAGUGGAAGGAGAUCUCGAACGUUAUCAAGGAGAAGUCGCUCUUCCCGUUCUUCGACAUGGCCUACCAGGGCUUCGCGUCGGGGGACACGUCGCGGGACGCGUUCGCGGUCCGGCACUUUGUCGCGGAAGGCCACCAGAUCGCGCUCUCGCAGUCGUUCGCAAAGAACAUGGGCUCUACGGCGAGCGCCCCGGAGGAGAAGGCGCGGGUGGACAGCCAGCUGAAGAUUGUGAUCCGGCCAAUGUACUCGAACCCGCCGCUGCACGGGGCGCGGAUUGCGAGCACGAUCCUCCGGAACGAGGCGCUGUACGGGCUGUGGGAGUCGGAGGUGAAGCUCAUGGCGGACCGGAUCAUCGAGAUGCGCUCGCGGCUGUUCGAGAACCUGGUGCAGCAGAACACGCCGGGGGAGUGGAGCCACAUUAAGAAGCAGAUCGGGAUGUUCAGCUUCACGGGCCUGACGCAGCCGCAGACGAAGGCGUUGGCCGAGAAGGCGCACAUCUACAUGACCGCCGACGGGCGCAUCUCGAUGGCGGGUCUGAACGGGCGGAACAUCGACUACUUCUCCGAGAGCGUGAGCAAGGCCGUCAAGGGCGACCUCUGA